CUCCUCCUGUCCCCUCCUAACUCUCCCCAUCCCCCCUGAUAAGAAAUGCUUUCUCCACAACUCUUAGAAUUCGCUGAGUGAUCUUGUGUUCUUUCGAAAUCCUGCUCUGUACCUUGCCCCCUCCUUCCCUCCCAGUCACUUAUUGCCUGUUAUAUGGGCAGCUCUCAUUCUCUUCACUCCUCUCAGCUCCGGAUCGCUCCAAGACCGCAGAAGGUUCCUGUCUGCUGACCUCUGGACAUGCUGUUCUCUCGCUGACACAUUCUAACAUGGCUAAAUCCACCAUCUACACUCCGGCUUGCACGGAGGAACCCACUCCCAAUGGGAAAGAGCAAUCCUUAUCGGAUACUGGCUCUCAGGAGUCCAUGAAACUGAAGAAAGAAAUCUCACUUCUAAAUGGAGUGUGUCUUAUAGUUGGGAACAUGAUUGGGUCUGGAAUCUUUGUUUCACCCAAAGGAGUUUUGAUAUAUAGUGCAUCUUACGGCCUAUCACUCGUGAUUUGGGCAGUUGGUGGUGUCUUUUCUAUCUUUGGUGCCUUAUGUUAUGCUGAGCUGGGUACCACCAUCACCAAGUCCGGUGCGAGUUAUGCCUACAUCUUAGAAGCAUUUGGCAGUUUUGUAGCCUUUAUCAGACUUUGGACAUCCCUUCUUAUCAUCGAACCAACCAGUCAAGCUGUCAUUGCAAUCACCUUCUCAAACUACAUGGUGCAACCCAUCUUUCCAUCAUGUGAAUCCCCAUAUGCAGCUAACAGGCUUUUGGCAGCAGCCUGCAUUGGACUCCUCACGUUUGUGAACUGUGCAUAUGUGAAGUGGGGUACUCGUGUCCAGGAUCUCUUCACAUAUGCCAAAGUGCUGGCUCUAAUUGCUGUCAUCAUUGCAGGAAUUGUGAAGAUUUGUCAAGGUCACACACAGAAUUUUGAAGACUCCUUUGCAGGCUCCUCUCCGGAUGUUGGCAACAUUGCGCUUGCUCUGUACUCAGCUCUCUUUUCAUACUCAGGAUGGGACACCCUCAAUUUUGUCACAGAAGAGAUAAAAAAUCCAGAGAGGAACCUGCCUCUGGCCAUCGGGAUUUCCAUGCCCAUUGUGACCGUAAUAUACAUUCUGACCAAUGUGGCUUAUUAUACGGUGCUGGAUAUGCGGGCCAUUCUGGGUAGUGAUGCUGUUGCCGUGACCUUUGCUGAUCAGAUUUUUGGAAUAUUUAACUGGACAAUUCCGCUUGCUGUCGCUCUCUCUUGUUUUGGAGGCCUAAAUGCAUCGAUCCUCGCUGCAUCCAGGCUGUUCUUUGUUGGCUCUCGGGAGGGCCACCUUCCUGAUGCACUAAGUAUGAUCCACGUGGAAAGAUUUACUCCAAUUCCUGCACUGUUGUUUAAUGGAGCCAUGGCUUUGGUAUAUCUGUGUGUUGAAGACAUCUUCCAGCUCAUUAAUUAUUACAGCUUCAGUUACUGGCUGUUUGUGGGCUUGUCUAUCGCUGGGCAGUUAUAUUUAAGGUGGAAGGAGCCAGACAGACCAAGACCUCUCAAACUCAGCCUGGUAUUUCCAGUUGUAUUCUGUCUAUGCACUGUGUUUCUGGUAGCAGUGCCCCUGUACAGUGAUUUAAUAAAUUCAUUAAUUGGAGUGGCCAUUGCUCUUUCUGGAGUUCCAGUCUAUUUCUUUAUCGUACGUGUUCCAGAGAAGAAAAAACCAAACUGGUUACGGCGAAUGGCAGCUUCGGUGACAUACUAUACUCAGGUCAUGUGCUUCUCUGUCAUUACUGAGAUGGAUAUAGAAAAAGAAGAAAAACAGUUGUCUAAAUCUGACUGACACACUUCCUCCUCUGUGUAACUGAUGGACAUUCUGAAGCUUCAUGCAGCACAUAAUUUAUUUCCAAAACUAUGCAAGUGACCGGAAUUUUACCAGUAGACCUUUCAUUGCAGAGUAGCUGCCGGCAGUGCUCUUGGUGGAGCUGUGUUCAAAAUAAUUUAUCUUCAACAGGGACAUAAUUAAUUAUUGUGAGACCUUUCUUUCCCCUUCAGACAAGAUGCCAAUUAUGUUAUCUUUAGGACAUUCCGUAAGUAUUUGCAGAUUAAUACAUUGUUGGCUCCGUAGAUUUUAUUUUUGAAGUGACACAUCUGGAUCUUCAUUUUCUGCACCAGAUUGCCUUAUUUCUUCACGUAUCAGAAAACCACGAGCAGGCACGAAUGGCGAUCUUUUUAACAAGGACAUAGAGAUAAAGGCAAUGAUGGCUGAUGCAUACAACAUUGUUUUAUAAACAAUAAAUAUUGAUGCCACAUGUUCCUUCACUGUUUAAAAGUCCAGUCUAAUUUAUAUAUGCUUUACCUACUCAGUCCUUUUAGGAUAAUAAACGGAGCGCUCACUAA